AUGAAGCUAUUCGCAGCAAUCCUCCUUUUGGUGUUUUCAGCUCCAGCUGUCUCGCUGUCCAGACUUGACUACAAACCCUUCGAUCUCAGCGGCACAGGACGCAAAGGAUGGUCCAGGAUGGGUCAACCAAUCCGGGUAUCAGAAAUCGUAAACUGCACCGCGGAAAGAGCCAAAGAAAACGGCGAUUGCAAAGGAAACUGCAAUAUACAGCGCUAUAGAAUGGGAAUCAUCGCCAACGCAACUAUCAACAGCACUGACGGCGCAACCCAUCAAGCACCAGCUCCAGUAAACCUCAAUACUUCCAUGACAAACAAAAAGGCCAUUAUCAAAGCUCUCAAAAAGGAUGCAGGGCCACUGGAAAACGUCACUCUGGACAGACUCGUCGUGCUGCCGUUUACUGCCCCCUUUAACGCAACGCUAAACGGGACUUAUGGGUGCUGGGCAUUUACGCCUGCAAUGCAGUGCUGGCGAGGAUAUCCGAAAGACUGUGAUGGCGAUUUGGAGGAGGACUUGGACGGUUAUCCGGCUGUGGUGUGCGGCUUUAGGCUUAAGAGCGAUGGGACGGAUGGGAAUGGAACUUUGUGUGAAGGCAAUGCCAGUUUCGUGGAGAGGAACUCAUAUGUCCGCAUUACGUUGAAGUCUUGUAUCAACUCACAGAGCCUUCUCACGCAUGCCACUGUUUACAAGCAUAAUGUGCCGACGCAUGUGGAUACUACUCAAACCUCACGCCGCUUUAGAGAAGAGUGCGCUAAGCUUCACAGUAGUUCACUGACAUGGCCUUAA